CAACAUUUCAGUGCGGUUUUCCUGGUCGGCCGCGUAUUUUUCUAAAAGUGUUAAUUUGAUUGUUCCUGAUAAAAGUUCAUAAUUUCGAGGCAGUGAAAUGACAAAUAUACAUAUAGAAUGUGUUUCGUUCAAUUUUAUAUAAUAUUUUAUAUAUAAAGGAUCAGGAUUAAUUACACAUUGAAUUAAUUUAUUUUUUUGAAUCAAAAAUUUGUGAUAUAUAUUUAUAUCUUCUGACAUUUGUCAAGUAAAGUUCAAAAAUAAAAAUUUUAAUUUUAAGAAUCUGAAAUUAAAAAAUAUAUCAAAUAGAUUAAAUGUGAAAAUAUUACGAUGUUUUAUGGAUUAUUUCAAUCGUCAUAGUUUUGAUAGUUUCUUUAAUAAUUCAAUGAGAAGAAUUUAUGAUUUUCAUCUAUAGUCUUCUAAUACAUAUCUUAUUUAUACUACCAUUUUUACCGAUAUCUAAUAAUAUUAAUAGUUGUAAAUUGAUAUAAUAAUUAUCUAUGCUAUAGAAUGAAUAAAACAAAAAAUUUCUUAGAUAAUCUCAUUGUAAUAUAAAUCUAGCCUAAAAUUUAGAAAAUUUGUGCAAUUAAAUAAAAUUCAGAUGUCGGUAAAAAUGGUAACAUAAGCAAGAUAUAUAUGACGUCAUCAUGAAGGACAAGAAACUCUUCUCAUUGGAUGAACUAAAAUGUAAAAAUAUCUUACAAAUUUUUGAACGAGAAAAAUAAAGUUAGCCAUAUAUUAUAAGGCAGAAUAAUAAGACAUGGCAAGUGACGCAAUAAUCUCGUUACCUGGAGAGAUAAUCGUGUAUAUUUUGGAAGAUAAAUUACUUGACUUUUCGGAUGUCAUUAAUUUUAGUUCAACGUGUAAAAGUUUGUACAAAAUUGUCAACGAAAAUAAUAAACUUUGGAAGACUAAAUUUUUUCAAAGAUGGCCACUUUUAAAAGAAAUAUAUCAAACAAGUAAAGAAUUAGAGCAUCAGAUGAUAAACUGGAAAGAAGAAGUAAAAAUUAGUUUGAAUAGUAGAACUAAAUUACUUUGUCUUCUAUCUUCUAUGUCUAAUAAACACCAUAAAAAACAAGAAUUAUCCAAUUCUGAAUUUAAAGAAUUUGAUUCAUUAUUUUGUCCAAAAGAAGGUGCUCAUCCUUUAGCUUAUUAUUUUUUAAUAGAUGAACUUAUAACAUUGAUUAAAUGUCCUGCUAUAGUAAGCAAUUUAACACAUAGAUAUUAUGCUCUUAAAGUUGUUCGAUAUUUGAAACAAACUCAUUUGAAAGGUGAAUGGCAAAAGUUUAUAUCUUUACCAUCAAAACAACAAACUUUAGAACGUGGUGCAACUAUUGUAGCACAAUGGAGUCAGCCAGAAAGACAUGUAUCAUAUCCAACAAUAUCAUCAAUAUUAGAUAAUAUUGCAGAACAAACAAAAGAUUUACUCAAAGAACAACAUCCAAAUCAUUCUAUAUUUUCAACUCCAACAGAGAGAUUUAUCUUUUGGAAAAAUAAUAUUAUUGAUGACAAUCAGUGGAAUAUUUCAGAAACAAGACAAGUAACAGAUGCAUUAUGUAAAGUAUUAUUUGAAAAAUUAGGAUUUUAUGGAAAUAGUGAAAUGUAUUAUUCAUCAGAAAAUUCGUUCAUAGAUCGCGUUUUAGAACGUAGACGCGGAAUUCCUAUAACUUUAGCAAUAGUAUUUGAAAGUGUUGCUCGAAGACUUGGUAUACGCUGUGAGCCUGUUAGCUUUCCAUCUCAUUUUUUAUUACGAUGGAAAGAAACAUAUGCACCAGAAUUUAAGGACACUGAAAAUUAUUAUAUUGAUGUCUUCAAUGGAGGUCAAUUUCUGACUAAAAAAAAUUGUCCUAGAAUUGGAGGUGUUUCAAGAUGUCCAAUAGAAAAAUAUAAUGUUCAUGAAGAAGCAACUGCUGUAGAGGUAGUGACAAGAAUGGCAAAUAAUUUAGAAAUAGCUGCUAGACAACAUACUCAUAUAAAUGGUACUCAUAGAACUGCAAGAUUACGUUCUGCACUUGAACUUCGAUAUAUGAUACAACCCAAUGACACGAACACAGUUUUACAAUUAGGACGAAUAUAUAUGUCGCAACAUAUGGAUUUGACUGAAUUAGUAAAAAUAUUAGAAAAUAUGCAAAAGGAUUUGGAGUUAAUGUCAAGAGGACAAGCAAAUAUGAUUUCACAGACUUUUAAAACACUCCAAAAAUGUCAAAAAAGAUUACAACCUAAGGAAGAAAUAAAACCAAAGAAAAGAAUUCCAAGUGUAAAAUAUGCAAUAGGAUUGAUAAUGAAACAUAAAAUAUAUGGAUAUUUAUGUGUAAUAACAGGAUGGGAUGUCCGUUGUAUGGCUUCUACAGAAUGGAUGAAUGAAAUGAACGUAGAUGGAUUAGAAGAAGGUGCAGAUCAACCAUUUUAUAAAAUAUUUGUAGAUGAUGGUUCAUGUCAAUAUGCAGCUCAAGAAAAUUUAUUACUGGCUCCUAAUCCAGAAUGGAUAAAUCAUCAUGCAAUUGGCAGAUAUUUUUAUAAGUUCAGUGGUGCACAUUACAUACCAAAUGAAGAAAAAGCAAGAGAAUAUCCAGAAGAUGAAAAAGUUUGCAACGAAUUAAUUGUUGAAUAUAUGCAAAAUGGAAUAACAUAUAAUACUACUUAACAAUUUAUAUUCCUUAAUUGGAAUACAAGAUAAUAGUAUGAUAAAAUAGUUAUUUUUUCCUUAUUAUGUAUCCCGCGCAUAAUAUUAAAAGAAAUAAUAUUUAAAAAAAUAUUUUCAUAAAAGAAAAUUUAAAAAAAAUUUUUUUUAUUUGUGAUAUAAUUCAUCAUAAAUUUUUUUAAACAAUUUUUAAUAAAUUUUUGUUUAAAAAAAUUAAAAAAGCAACAAAUGAAACAAAAUUUGUACAAAUUGUGUAUCACAUAUAAUUUUCUAUUAUUUAAAAUACUGUUGGCAGUUCAAAUAAAUAAUAUCUUUUGAUUUUUAACUCGAUUUAUAUGUGAUAAUAAGGUGUGUAUGAAUAUAUGUAUAAUAAGAGUGAGAAAUGAUUUAUGUUUUAAUGACAUUUUUAUUAUAUAAAUAUCAUGCAAAUGUAAUAAACACCAAAGCUUGAACUGCAAACAGUAAUUAAUUUAUAUUUUGAUUCCAUUAGAACGAUAACAUUGUUAUUAAAAGUUAAUUUAUGUACUUAUAAUAAGAUUUAACAGUAUAUAGUAGAUACAAUAGUAAUGAAUAUAUAUUUAAUGUUCUUUAUUUUAUUUUACUGUCAUGGGCUGUGCUCGUUUUAUGUAUAUUCACAAGCAAUCACAUAAAAAUAAUAUAAAA